AUGGCGGUCAAUCGGAUUCGUGGGGCCUUUGCUGUCCCGAGGAAGGGAGAGACCUUUGAGCUGCGGGCAGGCCUUGUCUCUCAAUAUGCCUACGAGCGCAAGGAAUCCAUCCAGAAGACGAUUAUGGCGAUGACGUUGGGCAAGGACGUGUCUGCUUUGUUCCCCGAUGUCCUGAAGAACAUUGCGACAGGCGACCUGGACCAGAAGAAGCUGGUUUACUUAUACUUGAUGAACUACGCGAAAUCGCAUCCAGAUCUCUGUAUUCUUGCCGUUAAUACUUUCGUACAAGAUUCCGAAGACCCAAAUCCCCUCAUCCGUGCGCUAGCGAUCCGAACGAUGGGCUGUAUUAGAGUCGACAAGAUGGUGGAUUACAUGGAAGAGCCGCUGCGGAAGACACUACGAGACGAGUCGCCAUACGUUCGAAAGACGGCCGCGAUUUGUGUCGCCAAACUCUUCGAUCUCAACCCAUCAAUGUGCAUAGAGAACGGCUUUUUGGAGUCACUGCAGGAGUUGAUUGGGGACCCGAAUCCUAUGGUUGUCGCAAACUCGGUCCAGGCGCUUUCAGAGAUCACCGAAACCGCACCAGAGACUCGAGCACUUGUAGUGACACCGGCCACACUGAAGAAGCUGUUGAUGGCUCUCAACGAGUGCACGGAAUGGGGUCGCGUCACUAUCCUGACCACACUGGCCGACUAUCCUGCUGCGGAUACCAAGGAGUCUGAGCACAUUUGUGAAAGAGUUGCGCCACAGUUCCAACACGUCAACCCCAGCGUGGUCUUGGCCGCCGUGAAGGUGGUCUUCAUCCACAUGAAGGCAGUUAGCCCGGAGCUUGUGCGAUCAUACCUAAAGAAGAUGGCGCCGCCUCUUGUCACGCUUGUGGCGUCUGCUCCUGAGGUGCAGUAUGUUGCUCUGCGCAAUAUUGACCUCCUCCUGCAGGCUAAGCCCGAUAUUCUUAGCAAAGAGCUGCGAGUCUUCUUCUGCAAAUAUAACGAUCCCCCCUACGUCAAACUUCAGAAGCUCGAGAUCAUGGUUCGGAUAGCCAACGAGAAGAACUUUGACCAACUCCUCGCAGAAUUGAAAGAGUACGCUUUGGAGGUCGAUAUGGACUUUGUCAAGCGCGCCGUCAAGGCCAUUGGCCAGGUUGCGAUCAAGCUCGAGAGUGCCAGUCAGAAGUGCGUCAACGCAUUGUUGGACUUGAUUGCCACCAAGGUCAACUACGUUGUGCAGGAGGUUGUGGUGGUUAUCAAGGAUAUUCUCCGCAAAUACCCUGGUUACGAGGGCGUCAUCCCCACGCUCUGCAAGUAUAUCGACGAGCUGGACGAGCCAACGGCAAGAGGAUCGCUGAUUUGGAUUGUGGGAGAGUACGCUGAGAAGAUCAACAACGCCGACGACAUUCUGGAAAGUUUCGUGGAGGGUUUCAUGGAGGAGUUCACACAGACUCAACUCCAGAUCCUGACUGCUGUGGUCAAACUCUUCCUCAAGAAGCCCGGCAGCAACCAGGGACUGGUCCAAAAGGUGCUUCAGCAGGCUACGACAGACAACGACAACCCAGAUAUCAGAGACAGAGCUUACGUCUACUGGCGUCUAUUGUCAGGCGAUUUGGAUGUCGCCAAGAAUAUUGUCCUGUCUCAGAAGCCCGCCAUUACCACAACAAUGACCAGCCUUCCCCCUGCUCUCCUCGAGCAACUUCUCGCAGAGCUUUCUACUCUGGCGUCGGUGUACCACAAGCCACCAGAAUCAUUUGUCGGCAAGGGUCGCUAUGGAGCAGACGAGAUUCAGCGCGCGGCCAUCCGCGAACAACGUCAAGAGGCGGCCGAAAACCCCAUUGCUGCGUCAGUGGCAGCUGUGGCCAACGGCAACGCCAACUCACAAAACAACAUCGAAAACCUUCUCGAUAUCGACUUUGAUGGUGCUGCCCCUGCAUCAGCCGAGCAGCAGAGCAACAUCAACACCCCAGACAGAGUGGCCAGCCCUGCGGGAGGUGGUAACUCGAGUGCCAUGGCUGACAUGAUGGGUUUGUUUGAUGCUCCUCCGCCGCAGCAACAGCAGGCGGCCAACCCGAUGAGCCCUGGAGCAGGUGGUGGCGGCAUGAAUGACAUGAUGAACGGCUUCGCUGGGCUCGACUUUGGCAACACAGGGUCCGGGCAGCCCUUGCCGGCGGGCAUGCAAUUACACCAGCCUGCACAACCUCAAGGUGGCGAAGGAAACGGGAAGAAGACGAAUGAGGACUUGCUUGGGUUGUUCUAG